AUGGGCACAUCAAUAAGGGCAUGGAGCCCAUCAAAGAGGAGGUUGGAGCGGCGUUGGACCUGGAUCAACUCAUCUAAAUCAAGCGUCCGGCUACGGCUGGGAGUCCCCAACGCUCCACCUGGACGGCGUCGGCUGGGAGCUGCGACAGCUCCACAUGCAAUGGCUGGCCAGGGACCAGACCUCGACAGGAACAUGUUGCCCUUUGAGCCGGUGUUCUUUGACCUCGAGAAUGGCAACCAGGAGCUCAAGAGCGACGUCAAGGACCUCUACAUCAACCUCGGGCAAGUAAAGACAUGUUUGAAGUGGAAAUGGAGAGCAGCACACACAGCGGUGGUCAAGGGCUUAGUGCCUGUUGACCUCGUCCGUGGCCGCUGUUGGUCGGUGAAGGAGGCAUGCAUGAGGUGGUGCAAGGGCAUGCUGGUGACGGAGUCGCGCAUCAUGAGGCCGGGUGAGUAA